AUGUUAAUGUUGUUUAGAUUUGUGGUCGAUUCCUCCGAUUAUGAGCGAAUGGAGGAGGCCAAGAGGGAGCUCCAUGCCCUGGUGGCUAGAGCAUCCUUGCAUGGGGUUCCGCUAUUGGUUUUAGCUAACAAAAACGACUUGCCAAAAGCAUUUUCAUCCAAAGAGCUCAUUGUCGCAUUUGAUCUCGAAGAAAUUCGAAGUAGGGAGGUUGCUUGCUACUCCAUCUCGGCAAAGAAUGCAGUUAAUAUCGAUGUAACCCUUCAAUGGAUUUUGAAGCAUGCAAAAAAGCAUUACGAAUAA